AUGACCAACCACGAUACGCCGUCCUUUUCCCGCAAGCGACGGCGCCCCGCGUUGUCGUGCGAGCAAUGCCGUCGGCGCAAGGUCCGAUGCGAUCGGGAGAUGCCUUGCGGACCAUGCAGGAAGACCCGACCAGCCUUAGCAUGCUCAUAUGUCCAUGAAGGGAAGGCCGUCCUGGAUGCUCGGCUUGGGUCGUCUGCAAUUGACGAGGAUGAACCUGAAUUGCGGGUCCCUUGUACUCAGAGGGCAUCUCUCGAUGCUAGGAAUGGCUAUGUCGACGGUGCCCGACCAGCCCAGUUCGAACACAGUGUGCGUAUGCUUCAGGAUAGGGUCGAAAACUUGGAACAUGGGAUUCCCGCAAAUCCUAGUCGCGAUUGUCGAUAUACGAAAGAUGACAUAUCGGGAAUAACCCACCUUCUGAAUGAACUUGAUAAUCGCGUGAACGAGCUGGAGCGGAACAGCAGACCGGAUCGACAGCCUUCAUCACGGACCUUGAUCCCCCCCCUGGUCCCAUUUUUGAAAUUCCAGGGUGAUAAGACUGAGUUUUUCGGGAGCACACAUUGGGCCCAUAUGUUCCAACAGCUUCAUUACCUCCGCGACUUUCGUAGGACAGCUAGUCAUGCCGAAACCGACGUCGGUAACUUACUUCGGGAAACUCAUUCGAUGAGAUCUAUCAUCAAAAGCUGGCAGGCACCGCCGCUGAUCGAUCCGGUCCCAUGCUUGCUAGAGGAUCUACCGCCGAAAGACGAAUGCGACCAGCUCGUCAAGUGCUAUCUACGGACAUUAGAAAUUACAUUCAGAGUUCUACAUAUACCUUCUUUCUACGAAGAUUAUGCAAAAUUCUGGAAACACACCCAGUCGGCGUCCAAGGCAUUCUUAUUGAAGCUGCUUUUAGUCCUUGCCAUUGGAUCUAUAUUUCACUCCAACCCGGGGCCAACCAAUGAUCUCCGUUUACCCAUCCGGCGUUGGGUCCAUGCAGCACAAUGGUGGUUAACCGGCCCGACUUCCAAAGAAACUAGGAAUCUCGAGGCUUUGCAAGUUCAUUGCCUGCUGCUUCUCUGCCGCCACGCUUACGCAAUAGAUAAGCAGGCGACAUGGAACUCAGCGGGCUCGCUGUUGCGGCUUGCAAUGGGUCAAGGUCUCCAUCGAGAUCCAGGGCACUUUCCGUCCAUAUCUCCUUUCGAAGGAGAAAUGAGGCGGCGUAUAUGGGUCACCAUACUUGAAUUGAACGUGCAAUUCUCAAGUGACGUAUCUAUGCCUCCUCUUCUGACGCUUCACGGAUUUGACACAAAGCCGCCAUCCAACUUGAAUGAUGAGGACUUUGCUAAAUGCUCCAAAAGUCUUCCAUCACCAAAGCCCAAGGACAGAUACACAAGCUCGGCGUUGCAGAUCGCCCUUCUACGUUCCUUUUCAACCCGUUUGCAUAUAUCCCAAGUCCUCAAUGACUGCAAUAACGACCAGUCAUAUGAGGCAGCGCUGGACUGUGGCACAGAGUUGCGCACAGCCUCCAAUGAACUCGCGGAGCUUUUCCACGGCUACUUUGCACAGACGGCCGGGUCCGAUUCUGGUCCAACUCUGUUCCACUACCGGCUUCUCAACACUCUUCUCCACCGUACUCUGCUAAACCAUUACCGACCAUUCGCUCUGAAGGCCAUCCAAGACCCACUUUUCUAUCUCUCUCGCAAGCUCAGCCUUGACUCUGCUUUAGUGAUCGCGUCAUACGCUGAGAACCCCAAUAGCCCCGACACCAUAUCUCAGCAAGCAACACAAGAUUUCCACCGGCUCUGUCUCUCUGGCGCGGGCCUAUUCAAAGGGCCCUUUUCUGAAGACGUGAUAGUCACUAUCGGACUAGAGCUCAUGCUGCAAACCGAAGAAACACUGUCCCGGGAACCUACAUGCUUAAAUGAAGAAGCGCCCGGUGCCAUCGACCAAAUGGCGCAAUAUACCCGUGCGCCACUGGUACUGGCACUCGAACGCAUACAAUCCAUUCUUUGUCAAAGUAUAUCAGCCGGAAUACCAAGCAUGAAACGGUACUGUCUCUUAAGCGGAAUACUUGCCCAAGCCCAGGCCGCGCACCAUGGAGACUCGGGAAAGAAUGCUGUGAUUCGACAAGCUCUUCUAAAGAGCAUGCGGACCUGCCGGUCCUCUCUUCAGGAGUUCAUUGCUCAUGAAAUGAAUAAUGCUAGUACUGAUGGGACACUGGCCGAUGAAGACAUGAAUCGUUCGAGUUCUGAGGGUGCCAUAGCGUCGAGCUUAAGCCCGGGUUUUUGGGUCAGUUCUUGA